AAUAAUAUUUCGACUUUCGAGGGACUCCCUCCGCCCGCUCUACGCAUGAAUCUGAUCCGGGUCCCUAGCCGCCUACCUUUCAGUUCUCCAAAUCUGAAGUCCUAUCGGCGUUGAUCGGCGGUGAUCGUCGGCGAGAGAUUAAAAGAUAGGUUUAACGGCUAUUUAGAGAAAGCAAGCAAUACAUUGCCUGCUUAACUAGAAACCAAAGAUGGCUUCAAAGGAAACAUACCGCACCGAGCUCCGCUCCGCCGUUCACCAACUAGGCGACCGCUGCCUCUACUCCGCCGCUAAAUGGGCUGCAGAGCUCCUCGUCAGCCUCGAACCGGACACCUCCACUUCUUCCACACUCCCUAUCUCUUCCUCCACUUCUUCCACACUCCCUCUCUCUUCUCUUUCCUCUCGCAACUUUCCCUCUGCUUCCUCCUCUUCCCGCUCUCUCUCCGCCCCGUACGUCCGCCACUCCGACGGCUCCUCCCUCCGCCGCCGCCUGCGCUCCGUCGGCAGCGCAGCCGACGCUGCCGCAACGCCCGUUGGGGGCAUCUCGUAUGUUAGCACGCCGAUUCCCGUUGAAGAUGGGAGCGAAUGUGAUAGCGAUGUGUAUCUUCUCGCAAAGGCGUACUUCGAUUGUCGGGAGUUCCGUAGAGCCGCCCAUGUGCUCGAUAGGCAAACCGGGCGGAAGGCCGUCUUUCUCAGGUGCUAUGCGCGCUAUCUGGCUGGAGAAAAAAGAAAGGAGGAAGAAUUGAUAGAACUUGAGGGUUCGUUUGGCAAAAUCGAAGCCGUUAACAGUGAAUUGGUUUCUCUGGAAAGAGAGUUAUCUCACCUUCGAAAGACUGGUGCUAUUGAUUCUUUCGGCUUAUACUUGUACGGCAUCACACUGAGGGACAGAGGUUUUGAGAACUUUGCUAUUACAGUUCUUGUUGAAUCCGUCAACAGUUUCCCAUGGAACUGGAGUGCCUGGUUGGAGCUGCAGUCUCUAUGUACCACAACUGAAACUUUAAACAAGUUAAAUAUAAAAAACCACUGGAUGAAAGAUUUCUUUCUUGCGAGCGCAUAUCAGGAGCUUAAGAUGCACGAAGAAACUCUAAAAAGAUGCGAGUGCUUGCAGACUGUCUUUCGCCGCAGCGAUCAUAUACAGGCUCAAAUCGCUUCAGCUCUGUAUGGUUUGAGAGAGCUUGAUGAGGCUGAAGUUGUUUUUGAAGAAAUUCUCAGGAAUGAUCCAUAUCGUUUGAACACAAUGGACAUUUACUCCAAUCUGCUUUACGCUAAGGAGUGCUUUUCAGCCCUUAGCUUCCUUGCUCACAAGGUUUUUUUAACUGAUAAAUAUCAGCCUGAAUCCUGCUGCAUCAUUGCAAAUUAUUACAGUUUAAAAGGUCAACAUGAAAAAGCUGUCUUGUAUUUUAGGAGAGCAUUGAGACUUAACAGAAAGUACCUAUCAGCUUGGACUCUGAUGGGUCAUGAGUAUGUUGAAAUGAAGAACACUCCAGCUGCAAUUGAUGCUUAUAGACGAGCUGUCGACAUAAAUCCUCGUGAUUACCGUGCCUGGUAUGGUCUGGGACAAACAUAUGAAAUGAUGAGCAUGCCAUUUUAUGCACUUUACUACUUCAAAAGAGCAUCCCACUUGCAGCCCAGUGAUGCCCGUCUCUGGGUUGCCAUGGGCCAGUGUUACCAAAGUGCUCCACUGGAGAUGCUGGAAGAUGCGAUCAAGUGUUUCACAAAAGCUGUAAACUGCAAUGAAAGAGAAGGGAUUGCACUGCACCAGUUGGCAAAACUUCACAGUAAUCUCGGGUACACUGAAAAGGCUGCAUAUUUCUAUAAGAAAGACUUGGAAAUGAUGGAUGCUGAGGAUAGGCAGGGUCCAAACAUGAUUGAAGCUCUCCUUUUCCUCACUAAGUAUUUGAAAGCUGAGAAAAGAUUUGAAGAAGCUGAGGUUUACUGCACUCGGCUUCUCGACUACAGCGGGCCUGAAAAGGAGAUGGCGAUGAGUCUUCUACGAGGUUUGAGGAUUGCUCAGUCCGGUCCUCCUUCCUCUUCUAAUCUCGACCAAUUUUCUGCUCCAUGAAAUUGUAUCCGAGCGGUCUUUGCUUUGGAAGAUGAAGCGUCGACAGGAAGCAUUGUUCGUCGCACACAUAAAAUAUGAAAUUUCUCUCCAUAGCGAUUCGAGAUAUGUGGGAUUUAUUUUGUAAAAUUAAUAAAGAUGCUGAAGCUCAACCAAGCCUGCAUGAAACAAAAGCAAGACUUAAAGAAUGACCCUGGUUCCAAAUUUGUAAGCAGCAGCCACUUGUUUGCUUCCUAUUGCCUCUGAUCAAUAAGGUGGUUAUGCCAGAGUUGUGAAUUUAUGGCCAUUGAAACAGUUGAGUUAUGGAUUUAGUUCAUAGUGUGCCUGUAAACUGAAACCUAAGUUAAUUUUAUAUAUUUAAACUAUUUUUCAUAAUUCCUGAAUUAAAUGCUGUGGUAUUUUACUGAAUCAAAAUCUGGUGUUCUUUUUCCUUUCU